CCUCUUUUUCUCAGUGGCGGAAUGUAGCGGAGGACCGAGCGUGCGCUCGUUCAGUCCGUGCUGCAUGAACAGCGGCGGGACACGGCUCGGAUGCUGCUCAAGCAGGAGAAACGGAUUUAUCCUCCCUGUGGAUUUGAUCGCACACUAAAUGCUGACCUUUACUGGCUUUGCAGUCUCCUGCUUGUUCUCUAGCUGCUGAAUUUGUUGUUUUUUGUCUCCAGCGUGUGGAACAGAUUUCGGUUGUUUUCUACUUACAUGCAGAUGGUAUCUGCGGGAGGUUCAGCCCUAGGAGGGGAUGCUGGGAAUCAUGGCUGUUUGCUAGAGGGACUGAAUCUAUGGGAUAUGCGAAGCCAGUGAGUGCUAACGAGAGUCUAAAAGGAGUCACGGAACAAGACUGUGGCCAAGCUAGGAGAAACAACAGAAAAGCGGUAAACCCCUCUGGAAGCUGGCCGUCCCUCUGAGGAACAUCUAAGAAAACAUAAAAUUGAGGGAUUGGCAUUUGACAGGUCAGAUUGGGUGCCUGAGCUGAGAGACUUGAUUUGAGGAGUGGUAACGCAAGAGUGUGCUGCUGCACCGGGCUCUGCCGAGCGCCUCCUCACAGUCGCAUCUGCUCUCUCUGCAUUCCUCCCUUUUCGCUCCACCCCACCAUUCAGUGUCUCCCCUUUUUUCCUAUGCCUAGUCGGUUUGUCCUUGGAAUCUGAAUCCUAUUUACGCCUGUCUACUUUUCACCUGCUUCUGGAACAGGACUAAAAGGAUCAUCCCACAUUGGAUUCUGCGAGCCCUGUUUUUUUUUUUUGACCUCUGGAAUGCUAAUGGGUGUCUGUGUGUGUGAGCUUGAGUGUGCGUGAUUGCAUUAGCAGCAUUGAGUGUCUGUGCUUUAAGGAGUGAUGGUUGUAUGAUGUCGGUGAGUAUUUGCAUUUGAGUGUGUGUUCUGCUCGGAUUUCUUCUUUUUUUUUUUUUUUUUACCCUGAUGUUCAACGCUAUGAGCCACCCUUGUCUGAUCCUCUUGUGUCUGCUGAGUGCCAGACCCUGGGGUUAACCCUCCCUAAACCCAGGGCAGGAUGAGUGAGACUUCUGGAGCUGUAACCACCUCAGGGGUGGUGAUCCUGGAGGAGCCAGAAGUUGGUGGGGCUUCUGGGGGACGUCAAGGUGGAGAGCGUGCUGGAGCUUUAAGGUGCGCCUUUUGGCCAAGACAGCAGACUUGGCUGUGUGUAGUUCCCCUCCUGAUUGGCUUUGUGGGUCUCGGCCUUAGCCUCAUGCUGCUCAAAUGGAUUGUUGUGGGAUCUGUGCAGGACUAUGUACCAACAGACCUUGUGGGUGCUAAGGGUAUUGGCCAGGAUCCCUUUUCCCUAGCCAAGCCAAGUGCUCUGCCCAAGGGCCCAGACAGCACCACUUCCUCCACAACUACCACCACUGUAUCCUCGACCAUCUCCACUAUCACCACAGCAGUGAGGGGCAAAACUCGAACAACAGCACCUCCAAAUCUCAAUCCAAGGGACGGAGGUUCUUCUGGAAGCCAAGUGACCCAGAAGACCACAACCACUACAGCCUUUGGCACUGCCUCCCCGGUACAGACAUCCACCUCCAGCCCAUCUUCAUCCAAACCAACCGUACUUAAUGACUCAACCCGUGAGCAUUCAACCACAGAGAGGCCAGUCAACAAUCCAGCUCAGACCCACAUCAGCCGCAAGACACCGGCCCCAACCCUCCCACCCUUGAAAUCGGAGCACUUCAAGCCGUGUCAGGAGAAAGACUUGGCCUAUUGCCUCAACGAUGGCGAGUGUUUUGUCAUCGAGACCUUAAGUGGCCCUCACAAGCACUGCAGGUGUAAAGAAGGUUUCCAGGGCAUCCGCUGUGACCAGUUCCUGCCCAAAACAGACUCCAUUCUGUCUGAUCCAAUAGAUCAUUUGGGCAUCGAAUUCAUGGAAAGCGAAGAGGUUUACAAGAGACAAGUGCUGUCAAUCACAUGCAUCGCCAUGGGGAUCAGCUUUCUGGGCACACUCUGCAUGGCUCUGUACUGCCGGAACAAGAGACGCAGGGAAAAGCUCCAGGCGCACCUGAAAGAGAGCCGAGGCCUAAAAAACUACAGCAUUGGCCAACCGUGCAAGGCGCACCCCAGCCUCCAGCUGCACAAUCAGUAUUGCAAAAGCACAAAAACUCCACUACAUGGAGGCAGCGUCCACGAAUCCGUGUUUUCUCAGAGUUCUUCAAUGACGUCUUCUUUCACAAGGGGUUUGACAACCACCCGACAUCACAGGAGUAGCUCAGUCUUGUGCAAUGGUGAGGCAAAGAAUCGGCCGGCCCUUCGCAUAUCAACACGCAGGACUCCACCCAUACCUAGUGGACGACUCAAUCCUAUCACCGGCUCAAAGGAUUCUGGACCCGCCUACCAGCACCUGCAAGAAGCGGAUGGAUCUGAGAGGGAUGUCGAGCCAGCAAGAGUGAAUGUGACGAAGCCUGAUGGCACGCUGCUGCACCAGGAUACUUUCCAAGGAAUGCAAGCUUCCCAAUCCUGUCAAAUAUGGGCACCACCCAGGAACCUUUGCUUCGGCUCACCGAGAAAGAGAUCCCCUGCUCCAUAUCGGAUCCCGAUCAUCCCGUCUGUCCACUCGCAUCAAGACGAAACCUCGUGCAUGCAGACGACUUGUGCGGAUGGAAUGAACCGGAGUUUUCUGCAUCAGGGGGGUACCGGAAGUACAGCGGACAACCCCGUAGCCAAUCCUGUCUGCAACAGGGUGGGUGAAAAGAGGAAGGAAGGCGCCUGUUUAGCAGAAGAGGCUCGAGAAAAGUUCAGAGCCAGUGCCAACGGGAAGCAGGAUGACACCAUGUUUACUGCAUCUCAUGUGGCGAAAGAGACAGUUUGUAUUCUUCGUGCCAGCGGAACCGGCCAUGGAAACACGGCUCCUAGUGGGCCAACAGAAACUCAGUUGCUGGAUCCCAGAGACAUGCACGAGGACUCGACCCAACCUAGACAAUGAGAGUUUCUUCAUCACACCUUGUGUCUUGAGAACAAGGCUGCAGAAGGUUCUGCCAAAAUCGAUGAACGCAAGCUUAUGGAAUCGCGAAAAUUUAUUGAACACUGAUGGCUUGAGAUAGCAAUUGCUUUUUUUUUUUUUUGCUUUUUUUUGGAAAGAGUGACAGUCUAUAAAAGAACUAAAAAAAAAAAAAAAGAUAAAUUAUUUAUAUGCAUUUAUUAAAAAGAGAAACUUCUACUUAGGAAAAAAAAGAAACCAAAUAGUCUGUCAUCUCUAUGGUGUUUUUAAUUGUAUAAAAUAUAUAUAUAGAUAUCUAUAUAUAAAUGGCUAUAAAUAUAUCUGAAUGGAAAUGGUGGUGACCGAGUGCACAAAAAAAAGACAAGGAGAAUGGGAAUGAUGCAAACAUGUUUUGUUUUUUUCAUUAUUAUUUUUCUUUUUUCCACCACAGCCACAACCACAUUGUGCAGUCUUGGUCCAUUUUGUUUCAUGCAUUCUCCCAAACGUAUUCAAGAUCAAAGUGCUGCAGCUGAAACGACUGCGUUCCCCAGCUUUCCUUGCCAAGGAACAUCUGGUUCUGCCUUGGAACUGGUGCACCACUUUUCAAACAUGGACAAACGGAAAUUGAACUACCGAACCAAUGGAACUUGAGGCAGUGGGGGAUCAAACCGUUGGACCACUGACCCAAGACUUCACUCAGUUUAUGGAAGUGUAUCCUGUCCAAGUUAUUUUUUUGUACUUUGGUGUUUUUCGCUCUCUCUUUCUUUCUCUCUCUGUCUCUCUAACUCUCUUUUCUUUCACUUUGUUCUCCUCACUUGUCAAAAGGGGUUUGGUAUUCAUAGGAACAGCUCAAGUCCUUUUACACACUUCACCUCAUCCAUCCGGAGCUCAGACUUUGAGCAGAGAAAUGAAGUUCCAACCCCUGAACGAGGAGCUUCUGUGUUUUUAUUUUUUUUGUUUCUGGUGAAUUAUCUGCUGCUUUAUUGGGUUAGGGUAUAACGGGAGGGAGUGGUGGCAAAAACAAACAAAAAAAAAAAAUGAUGUCUGUGUGGUACUUUCGGAUUGGGAUGAAUGCUUUCUGUUUGAAUUUACAACCAAAUGUGGGGAAAAAUACAACAAUGAAUCUUUUGUUGAAAAAUACUUCUCUGCCUUUUUUCUUUUUCUUUGGUUUCGGUUCUUUCUGCACGCAUGCCCACCUCUCCUGUGUUUCUGGUUAUUUCACUCACACUUUGGGAUGAUUUGUCUGCACAUUGCACAGUGGUGGAGCAAAAUGAAAGAAAGGAAACGGGCACAGAACUUUCUGCACAGCAAGUCUCUAAUUAAACACUUUUAUACACAACACUUACAUACAGGAUGGUGAGAAAUUGACUACAAUACCUGAUUGGGCUGAAAAAAGAGGUAAGAGGACACAUUCAUCAGUUUCAACAAGAACCAACAGUUACUAUAGAUGUCAGUUAUUUCUCUUUAUUAAUUAAUUUUUAGUAUUAAUUAAUUUGGAUGGAGGAAAGGAGUGAAUGCUGAGGGAAGUAAGGAUUGGAGUAUGAAAGAAAGGUUGAAGAGAUGAUGGGGAGGAUGGGAGUAAGAAAGAUUGAGAAAGAAGAAAGGCUGGGAGGAAGAAAGGUUGAAGAGAAAGAAUGUAAGAUGGAAGGAAGAAAGGUUGAGAAGGAAGGUAGGAUGGGAGAAAGAAAGGUUGAAGAGAAGGAAGGUAGGAUGGGAGAAAGAAAGGUUGAAGAGAAGGAAGGUAGGAUGGGAGAAAGAAAGGUUGAAGAGAAGGAAGGUAGGAUGGGAGAAGAAAGGUUGAAGAGAAGGAAGGUAAGAUGGGAGAAAGAAAGGUUGACGAGAAGGAAGGUAAGAUGGGAGGAAGAAGGGUUACAUAGAAGGAUGGAUGGGAGAAAGAGAGGAUAAUAGAAAAGAAGGAAGAAUGGAAGGAAAGCGUGAAGAAAUUAUGGGAGGAAGUAAGGAAGGAAUGAAUGAAUGAUGGGAUGAAGGAGCGACUUAUUGAAUGGUGGGUGGAAUUAAUAAAAAAAAUGAAUGUUGGGAAGAAGGACAAAAAGAAAGGAUGGGAAAAGGGAAGGAGACAGUGAAUAAAAAUGUUAAUAAAAUUUGAUUUAAUUGUA